GUGUGCAAGUAUAAUAAGUCUAUAUAAAAGCUUGCAUCAAAUUUGCAUUUGAAAUUUUGCAAACACUCACAUUUGUAAUAAAAUAAUGAAUAAGUCAGUCGUCGUAACAAUUAUUUUUGCAUUAACUUGCAUUUUCCUAGAAAUUCAAGAAUGUACAUCGAAUGAAAUAUCAAACAAAUUAAAAGAAGUUUCAGAUGUUUGCCGAAAUAGAGAAUCAACACCUCAGAAUUUGAUUGAGAAAAUCAGAUUUAGUGAUUUAGAUGGCAUCAAGGAUAUUGAAAAAAUUGCUAAAUGUCACAUCAAGUGUAUGAUGGAAGUUUUUGAAGUUUUGGACAAUGGAAACUUGAGUGAUAAAUUUUUUGUUCAAAAACUAGCACCUCAUAUUGGCGAAUCGAAAGCACAUGAACUAUAUGCUUUUUGUAAAGAUGAAUCUGGUUCCGAUGAAGAUGAUGAGUGUGAUAGACCCUUUAAGAUUUUUGUGUGUCUCAAAAAAUUAAGUGAUAUUUUUAACUAUUGAUAACAAAAAUAUUUGUCUAUUUAAAUCCUCUUAAUAAAGUUGUAACUAUGAGAUACACUUGAUUGAAUCACCACAAAA